GAGAGAGAGAGAGAGAGAGAGAGGAAAAGAUUUUCCUCUGCCGUGUUAAAAAAAACGUUGGAGACUCUCACUUGUGUGGCAUGUGACCCUGUCUUUCUUCGCCAUUGUUUUCUGUCUCGGCCAUCAUUUUUUGCCCAGGACUGCACAGCAAUGCAGUUUCUCUUUUCCCUUUUCCAUGUCUCUUUCUCUUCAUUCGUCCCCUUUUGCCCCCAUAGUAGCCCCUCUCAGAAGGAGAUUGUUUGGGAUCAGGAGUUUGGGCCAUCUUGAUGGGCAGGAAGAUGAGAAACAAGAGGUGCGCGCUCUCUGAAGUUGAUCAUCUUGUAGAAGGUGCAUUGAGUGAGAGAUAGGUCACUUCUCUCUCGUCUGCAAAAACUGGUUGACAUGAGAACUCAAGGAAAAGGCUAAUCAAUUCUUUCAUUUACUAACAAGAAAGACUGACCGCAAUUAACCAGUUUUCCUUGGGUUCUUUGGUAUCAGGGUUAGGGUUUCUCGUUACUGUGACCAUCAAUCACGACCUAAUCUCACUGUAACUUGUAGUGAAUUCAGCACGAAGGGGUUGUAUCAAAUUAAUGGAGUCAAUAAGGAGGAAGAGGAAAGGUUGUGGAUCUAUAGAGCGUGGUGACCUUCUUAGGGCUUUAUCCUUGAAUGAUAAUGCUUCAUUGCACUUAUCGCUUGAACAAAUCUCAAGGCGAGCGAAGAAGUGCAGGGAGCAAACAGAAGAAGAAGAUGGCACUUCUUGUAACAGCAGAGUUGCAGGAAUUGUCACAGUCCCACAUUGUAGAAAGGAUCGAAUUUCUCUCUCAAACCCUCAUGGAAGAGGGCUAAAAAGGAAAUUGGGGUGUAUCGAAUCGGCAACCCAAAUGGGUAGGAAGAAGAAAUUGGAGCAAGAAUACAUCUUGGGGCCCCAAAUUGGACAAGGCAAAUUUGGUUCAGUGAGAAUGUGUAGGAAUAUAGUUAGUGGGGUGGAGUAUGCUUGCAAAUCUCUUCCAAAGAAAGGAGAAGAGACUGCUCAUAGAGAAGUAGAGAUAAUGCAGCAUCUUUCUGGUCACCCAAGUGUUGUUACUUUGAGAGCGGUGUAUGAAGAUGCAGAUUCAUUCCAUCUCGUUAUGGAGUUAUGCUCAGGUGGUCGCUUGCUCGAUGAAAUGUUGACGAAGGGGUGCUACUCUGAGCAAAGGGCUGCAGUUUUGAUCAAAGAAUUGGUUUUGGUUAUCAAGUAUUGUCAUGAGAUGGGGGUUGUGCACCGUGACAUAAAGCCCGAGAACAUUCUUCUUACAAUGUCGGGGAAGAUGAAGCUCGCUGACUUUGGUUUGGCUGUCCGAAUUACCACUGGUCAAAGCUUGUCUGGUGUGGCUGGAAGCCCUGCUUAUGUAGCUCCAGAAGUUCUCUUUGGCAGCUACUCAGAAAAAGUGGAUAUUUGGGGUGCAGGAGUCCUCCUCCAUGCUCUGUUAGUUGGAUCUCUUCCCUUUCAAGGCAAAUCAGUCGAUGAUAUUUUUGAAGCUGUAAAAAAGGUGGAACUCAAUUUUCAUGUAGGCAAAUGGGAUUCAGUGUCAGUGCCUGCUCGUGAUUUGCUUGGAAAGAUGCUGACAAGGGAUGUUGAGACUAGGAUAACUGCUGAUGAAGUGCUAAAGCACCCAUGGAUUCUGUUCUAUACAGAGCGCACACUUAGACCAAUCUCCGUUCGGUCAAAAACUAAAAACCCAGAACGACCUAUGCCCCGUACCCCUGUUCUCUCUCCAAAAGAGCUAUCAGAGAGAGACAGAGAAUCAAGCAAUUCUCUCGAUGAUUCUAAGCCGCCAUGUUUGGAUAAUUUCCUGAAUGAUGACUCUGAAGAAGAGGAAGGAGAGUGCAUUAUUGUCGAUGCUUUAGCUGCUGCCAUUUCUCACAUUCGAAUAUCAGAACCAAAGAGAAGCCGGGUUUGCAGUCCAAUAGAGCAAGAAUGCUCUUCUAACAUGAAAGCUACUAACCUCUGUACAGCUUUUUGAAAGGUUGGUUGCUGACUCAAUAACCAAGAGAGAUGAUAUAUGACUUGGUGGAAGGCUCACAUGACAAAGGUUAACCGGUGAUGACCAUUCACAAUCUCUGCUAAUAUGUGAAGUGGACUAAUCAGGAGGAUGCAAUUUCUGACUCAUUCCUUUUAAAUGGGGGCUGAAGAUGUUGCAUUCUUUCUUUCAACUGUUCGGCUCUUCUUUAACCUAACAAGAGUUGGGUUUUACUUUUUGUAAAUCUGAAUGUAUAGGCUGUUGCUUGUGUUUGUUUGGUCUUCCUAAUAUUAUCAAUUGCUUUUAUGCUUUGA